AUGAAAGCUCCGCAAGGAAGCAGCAGAGCUUCCAAAAUGGCCGUACGUUGCAAGCGCGUCGGUCGAAUUGGUGUUCUGGCCUUUUCCUUUGUGCGUGUCCUCAUAACGGUAAUGGACGAUUUGGUGGGGAUGAUGCAGGAGGACGCGCAAGCACUACGCAUGCGCAGCUGCGCCCGACCUGCGCAUUUAACUUGCGCACUAGUUCGAGGCCCCUGGAAUUCAGGGACGUCUGCUGGAUAUCCAUACGAAGACAUCUCUGUACCAAGUGUCAUAACUAUAGCAAAAGUGAGUGUUUUCCGCGGACCUUGGCACCGAGUUGCCAAAUAUCGGCCAAAGUUUAGUUUCAGUGGUGAUAUUCUUCGUACGCCAGGUCAUGGUAAGAUAAAGCACGGUCCACGGAACAGGUGAAUGUUACGAGACAGACCAACGCCCGACCUUCUUCGCCGCUUAUUCGUAGUGUCGCGUAUUCGCAUCGAUACAUAUUAUUUCAUUUCUCUGUAAUACUACUGCCGCGUAUUUUCGGUUUCUACUUGUUUCUUAGGUUGAACACGGUCGAACACAGUUGUUGUCGUUAUCACGGACACCCGCGACGGAGCCUUCGUGUCGUUCAUCGUUCGUCGCUAUGGAUGUUCGUCGUUGUUCGUCAAUGCUCCACGUCAAUGCUCGAGCCUCGUCGAUGCGUGAUCCUCGUUUUCGUUGUUCACGUUGUCGACGUUAGUCAAAUCGCGAGACGGCGGCAUGGCCGGGCAGCACUACUGCUUGCGCUGGAAUAACUAUCAAUCGAACAUGACAUCCGUUUUCCAUCAACUACUCCAGACAGAAGCUUUCGUCGACGUUACUUUAGCAUGCAACGAAGCUUCCUUGAAGGCACACAAGGUGGUACUAUCGGCGUGUAGUUCCUACUUUCAAAAGCUCCUACUUUCAAAUCCCUGCAAACAUCCGACAAUCAUUAUGCCCCAAGAUGUGUGCUUCAAUGAUCUCAAAUUCAUCAUAGAAUUUGUCUACAGAGGAGAGAUCGACGUUUCGCAAGCAGAACUUCAGGUAAGAAUCACCAAUUACUCGUGUAAUUUGUGCAAUGAUCAACUACGUAUCUUACCUCUUUUCACUGUUUCUUUCUUUUUUCUUUUUUUUUUUUUUUUCUUUCCCUCCUUUUUUACAUUUUUCUUCUUCUCUCCGUUCGUUCAUUUAUUAAAACAAUGUUCUUGCGAUCAUACAGCAGUGCAUGAACAGACGGUUAAACGACACAGAAUCGAUUCCUGUUUCGCGUACACGUACUUUGUAAACUGGUAAAUAAAAAUAGGAAAAUAGAGAUUCAGCGGCAUGGACAAAGUAUUGGUGAUAUAAUACAUACUUUGUACCGCGCGAAUAACGCAACCGUCUCGUCUCUUCCUAUCAUCGUGUGUCAUUCAGAGCUCUCGACUCGACAAUAUAAAUGACAAGAGGUGUCCAAACCUUUCUCUCUUCCCUUGCUUCUUCCUACCUUCUUUCGCGUUACUAAUAAACGAACACGAUCGUUCCAAACCUUUUUAUCGACAGUGACGAGGAGCUUUCCCAACCGUUGGAAAUUAACCCAUUACCAUCGACACCAACCUGAAAGUUUUGCGUUGCAGAUUUCUUACUUACCGAUUGGGAUUCGUUUUCUCUUCCCCCUUUUUUUCCUGCACUCAUUUAGCACCGAUUAUCGAUAACGUAGAUUCUGUAAAUUUUUUUUCUUAGAUAGGGGAUUAUAUUCUUCAACUAAAAAUAAUAUGGACUCGGUAUAAUAAAAUCUAUAAUGUGAAUCAUUGAUUAAUUACAAUAUAGACCCGACAUAUAUUUUCAUGUUUCACGUUGUCAGGUCUACCUGAUCCCCUUACUACUUUCGAAUUAGUGAUUUCAUGUGAAAUCUAUUAUAUCGAUAUUCUCUGAUUUGUCAUUGUACAAACAAUCUUUUUAUCUUUUAAAGUAUCAAUUGAAUAA